GUUAAUUGUGCCAGUUCAAGACAUUUUUCAAUAUUGUUAAAAAAAUAUUGAAAACAAAGGACUUUAUGACAUAAUUAUUAAAACUUUUGUGGUUACUACAACAGCAAAUAUGGAAUUCCCUUCACUUGGCGAACAUUGCCAGAAUCCAAUAUGCAAUCAGGUAGACUUUCUGCCUCUUCAAUGCAAGUGUGGAAUGGUGUUUUGUCGAGUACACUUUAAUGAACACUGUGUUUCCGGAGACUGUGAGUUGGCGCCAAAGCCCCGUGAUAUUAAUUUACAAAGUGAUGAUCAAAUAUUUCGAUGUUCAGAAAGUGGUUGCAAAAAAGGCAAUCUGCACGAAAUGCUUUGUAAUAAAUGCAAGAAACAUUAUUGUAUUGAACAUAGAUUUCAUCCUUCUUGUCCUGAAAUUGAUGAUGAGACAAUGGCAGCUAAAAUAGAACAGCUUGAAGCUCCGAGGAGACAGUUUCACGAAGCUAAUAAACACCUUCAAGAUAAGAUAACAGAAAAUAUUAGGAAAGCGCUGCAAUCAUCGGCAAAAGUGAAAACUGCAUCAAAAAUUCACUUGAUGAGAAUUAAACAGAAAGCACUCGGUCUGAAAUCGAUAUCAAUUGCAGAUAGAGUUUAUUUUGCUGUUAAAAAACCAGUGAACUAUCAUGCUAAAAAUGUUAAAAUUAUUUCAGACAUAGAUAAUAUAACACAAAUUGAAUCUGUUACAUUAGAUCCAGAUUUAAAAGAUACAGUACCUGUAUUUAUAUCAUCAAAAUGGAGCCUUGGACGAGCUAUAGAUUCUAUUUGUGAUAGCUGUAACGUUAAAAAUGAAAAUAACAAAAUGAGUGAUACGAAAUUAAGGUUGUUCAGACAGUUAGACGGUUAUUGUAUAAGUCCUUUGAAAAUGGAUGUAAAUGUCUCCGAAUUGUUAAGUACGGAGGUUUUGUUAGAAGGUGAUAAGUUGGUGAUUGAAUAUAUUGACAGUAAUGUGAUUAGUAGUUUAAGUGAUACAGCACACAUAUUUUUAAUAUGAUUUUUGUUAAUAUUAUUAA